AUGGAUUGUCUGGCCUCCCACAUUCCGCCAGCACUGUGCAGUCUUCUGGAGGCCUACGCGCCUCCCGGGUCGGCAGAGUACGCCCCGUACAUCGGAGUCGCGUUCACCUCCCUUGUCGCCGUGUACGUGGGGUACCUCUACCUCCAAAGCCGGAAAGAGGCAGCAGUCGUUUUCAAUGUUCCUAUCCCAUCCGAAGUGCGCAACAGCGGGUCGAUCAAAACGUGGGAUGAGGUUCAGGGGCAGCAGAAAAUGGUGUUGCAGGACCAGGCUCGGGGGAAAUGGAACCAUCAAUUGAUUAUGAGCUACUGCCCUGCCGAUGGGAGGGUGCUUGGUAACGGAAUCAAGCCCGCCACUGUCGAAGAUGUCAACAGAGUCAUUCGGGCGGCGGGAGAUGCUCAGCUGGAGUGGGCUAAUACUACAUUUGCGGAGCGCAGAAAGGUUCUCCGGACGCUGUUGAAAUAUAUCCUAGACCACCAAGAUGACCUCAUUACUGCAUGCUGCCUCGAUUCGGGUAAAACAAAAGUUGACGGCUCAUUCGGCGAGAUCCUCGUAACGGUGGAGAAGCUCAAGUGGACAAUCGAUCAUGGCGAAAAGGCACUGCUUCCAUCGCGACGGCCGACGAACCUCCUGAUGAUGUACAAGAAAAACACGGUCACAUACGAACCCCUGGGCGUGGUGGGUGCCUGUGUGUCUUGGAACUACCCGUUACAUAACUUCAUUGGUCCGAUCAUCAGCGCGCUGUUUACCGGUAAUGCCAUCGUUGUUAAACCGUCUGAGCAAACUGCAUGGUCUGCAAUCUACUUCCUCGAGAUGGUGCGCGGCGCGCUCUCUAGCUGUGGCCACUCGCGCGAUCUGGUCCACACGCUAGUCUGUCUACCUGGUGUUGCCAAUGCAUUCACUUCGCACCCUGAUAUCGCACAUAUGACCUUCAUUGGAUCCCGGCCCGUCGCCCACCACGUCUGCGCAUCAGCAGCCAAAUCACUUAUCCCCGUAUGUGUCGAGCUAGGCGGCAAAGACCCUGCCGUGAUCCUGGACGACUCUCGCACUCUCCGCAAUUUGUCCUCCAUCGCGUCUCUCCUCAUGCGCGGUGUCUUCCAAUCAUCUGGCCAGAACUGCAUCGGCAUCGAACGUGUCAUCGCCCUCCCGACCGCAUACGACCGACUCAUCGAAAUUGUAACGCCACGCAUUCAAAAUCUCCACCUCGGCUCGAUCCUCCUCGACACCGCAACCCCAGACGUCGGUGCGAUGAUUUCACCUGCUUCCUUCGCCAACCUCGAGACACUCAUUAAGGAAGCUGUGCAGCAAGGCGCACGCCUUCUCGUUGGCGGCACCGAAUACAAACACCCAGUCCACCAACACGGCCACUACUUCACACCAACUCUCCUAGUAGACGUGACACGCGACAUGCGAAUCGCGCAAACAGAGCUCUUCGCCCCCGUCUUCCUCAUGAUGCGCGCCGAAUCCGUAUCCGACGCAAUCGCCAUCUCAAACUCAACACCGUACGCACUAGGUGCUAGCGUCUUCGGGCACCGACAAGCAGACGUACAAGCCUGCGUGUCGAAAAUAUCCGCCGGAAUGGUAGCGGUCAACGACUUCGGCACCUUUUACGCUGUGCAAAUGCCCUUUGGCGGCGUCCGUGGAUCUGGAUAUGGCCGCUUUGCGGGCGAGGAGGGACUGCGCGGUCUGUGCAAUAUCAAGGCUAUUUGCGUUGAUCGAUUCCCUACUUUGAUUGGCACUGGUAUCCCGCCACGCUUGGAUUAUCCUAUUCAGAACCGAGAGGACGCUUCGGGCGCCAAGGGAGGGAUUGCGGCUUGGGAGAUGUGUAAGGGUAUUGUUGAGACAGGAUAUCAGUUGACGCUGGGUGGGCGCAUUGCUGGUAUUUUGAGAUUGUUGAGGAAUAUGUAA